AACCGUUACCUUUCUUGUAUGUUUCAUUUCAAAUUUCCCGAACCCCUGCGGAUCUUCUCCGGCCGCCGCCCGCCGCCCUGAUUUUUUUCGACGGCGGGUUCUGUCUUCCAGUCUAGAAAAGCUACCUUGGUCUGUUCAGGCGCCCGACUGUUCCUUCCCUUUCAGAAAUUUAGUUUUUAAUUGCGAAACUGUCGCUUCGCCCACUGACGCUGACUGCAAAUUAGAUUGGAGAAACAGAUCCAUCGUUAGCCAUGAAACCAAUAUCAAGAUUCAAAUGGAAUUGUAUAACCUUACAGACGCCAUUAAGCAAAGCUGCUUGUCGAAGUUUCGCACAAAUUACCUCAAUUCGCGAUCAUCAUCGAAACAUUGUGAAUGAAUUCACAAUGUUCUGUUAUCAGAGGAAUCUUCAGAAGGCAAUGAAAACUUUAGAUGCUAUGGAGGAGCAUAAGCUGUGGGCUGAUUCGAUAACUUAUGGAGAGCUAAUCAAAUGCUGUAUUUCCCAUCGUGCCAUAAAACAAGGCAAGCGAGUUCAUAACCAUGUCUUCUCUAAUGGCUACGACCCGAAAACUUUUCUCAUCAAUGCUCUGUUGAACAUGUACGUGAAGUUCAAUUUGCUGGACGAGGCGCAAGCCUUGUUUGAUCGAAUGCCUGAGAGGAACUUCGUCUCCUGGACAACUAUGAUUUCUGCGUACUCCAGCGCCGAUUUCGACCAAAAGGCAUUGCGAAUGCUGGUAAUGAUGCUUAGAGAUGGCGCCAGACCGAACAUGUAUACAUUCUCUUCAGUUCUACGAGCCUGCCAGGGAUUUUCCGAUCUCAAACAGCUUCACAGCUUCAUAAUCAAGGUUGGUUUAGAACUCGAUGUUUUUGUCAGAAGUGCGUUAAUUGAUACAUAUUCCCGAUUCGGUGAUUUGGGUGCAGCUCUUUCGGUGUUUAACGAAAUGGUGACUUCAGAUCUCGUGGUUUGGAACUCAAUUAUUGCCGGGUUUGCGCAGAACAGCGAUGGCGAUGAAUCGAUGAAUCUUUUUAUAGCAAUGAAGAGGUCCGGUUUCUCGCCUGAUCAGUCGACGCUGACGAGCGUUUUGCGGGCUUGCACGAGUCUAGCGCUGCUCGAGCUCGGGAGACAAGUCCACGUUAAUGUCCUAAAGUUUGAUCGGGAUUUGGUUCUUAACAAUGCUCUUCUCGACAUGUAUUGUAAAUGUGGCAGUUUGGAAGAUGCUAACCGUAUUUUCUGUAGAAUGGUUGUCAAGGAUGUCAUCUCUUGGAGCACGAUGAUCAUCGGGUUUGCGCAAAACGGGUACAGCCAGAGAGCGUUGGACUUGUUCAAUGCAAUGAAAGUUUCGGGCCCGAACCCAAAUUACAUCACAAUGUUGGGAGUUCUCUUCGCGUGUAGCCAUGCCGGGCUUUUGAACGAAGGAAUGUAUUACUUCGAAUCGAUGAAGAAGCUUUACGGAAUCGAUCCGGGAAGGGAGCAUUACGGCUGCGUGAUCGAUCUCCUCGGGAGGGCCGGGAAAUUCGAUAAUGUGAUGAAGCUAAUCCGCGAAAUGAAAUGCGAGCCGGAUGCCGUGACGUGGAGGGCUUUACUCGGAGCCUGUCGUGUUCAUCGAAAAAUGGAUCUCGCCGAAUUCGCGGCGAAAAAGGUUUUGAGUUUGGAUCCGCACGAUGCGGGAACGCACAUUCUGCUGUCGAACAUGUACGCCAAAGCGGGGAGAUGGGAAGAUGUCGAGAACUUGCGGAAGGCCAUGAAGGAUGGUGGGAUCAAGAAAGAGCCGGGAUGCAGUUGGAUCGAAAUCGACAAGGAGGUUCACGCUUUCGUGCUGGGCGACAAAUCGCAUCCGCAAACGGGUGCGAUUUAUCGGGAGCUGAAUCAAGUUUUAUUGAGAUUGAAGGAGGAAGGGUAUGUUCCGGACACGAAUUUCGUGUUGCAAGAUCUUGAGGGCGAGCAGAUGGAGAGCUCUUUGGCUUACCACAGCGAGAAAUUGGCGAUGGUUUUCGGGUGGAUGAGCUUGUCGAAAGAGAAGACGAUUAGAAUUCGGAAGAAUCUUCGGAUUUGCGGCGACUGCCAUGUUUUCGCGAAGAUGCUGUCGAAAAUGGAGAGCCGGAGAAUCGUCAUCCGGGAUCCAAUUCGGUAUCAUCAUUUUCGGGAUGGAGUUUGCUCUUGCGGCGAUUUCUGGUGACCUGAAACUCGUAAGUUAUAUCUAGAGUUGUUAUUCUAGUCGAGAUUCUUGUCCAUGUUUCAGUACCAAGCAUUUUUGUAAGAUAUUUUCUGUUGUAAAAAUUUUAGUACGUAUAUGUUUUUCUUUAAAAUAUGGGAAUCCGCAGCCGACUUCUUUGUAUAAUAUAAGAAUCCGCAGGCGCUGAUGCGAUAAACUUCGAUCGAA